GCCCUGCACGUCCGCCCCUCCAUUGACAAUGCUGACUUCUUCUCCGCCUCUUCUUCUUUCCUAUGUCCUCUUGUGCGCUGCAGAGCAGCCUCGCCUGGGAAGGUCUCCUCGUCAUCGUCGUCGCCCAUGGCGGUGGCGAUCUUCCUCUCGGGCUUCCUCCUGGGCCUCCUCGCGCUCGCUCUCACGGAGGGGGCGGCGCUUCUCUAGGCCGUCCGCGCGCUGCGCCGCCGCGGGCCAAGGCCUCCGCCUCCGGAGGCCGCCGCCGCCGAGCUCUCCGGCGACCGGCCGUUCCCCGCCGAGAAGCAGGGUUUUCUCUGGAUGUUAGAGCCAGGAAAGGUGCCAAAAGUUAGGAACGGCAACCGCUUACCACCAACUGGGGUUCAGAAAGGCGUGAAGGAUAAAAAGAACAUCGUUGAGGUUUCUCCGAUAAGGAUGUGGGCUAAAAUUCAAGGCCACUCGCUUGUCUUGACAGGUUCCGAUGGUUCUCAGUUAACUAUUGGGCUUCUGGAUUGCACUGUUCUUGCUGUUUCUGCUUCUAACCUACCGUCGCGUAAAUGGUCUAAGAGGUAUCCGAUAAAACUAGAAAGCAAGGAAUCUGAGAUUUGCAAGCGGAGCAAGGUAUGCUAUCUUUAUGUGGACACCUCUUGGGAGAAAGAAUCAUGGUGUAAAGCACUUCGUCUUGCAUCUUCUACAGACAAGGAGAAACUGAAAUUGCAUACUAGGUUGAGCGAAGAGUUCAGAAGUUACAUAUCCUCUUUACACGCUGGAUACCCUUGUUUCCUGAAAUCAACUGCACUUUCUGCUGAGGAUCGUGAAAUUAUGGACAAGGCAGUAAAAUCUGAUGGGUCGUCAAAAGUACGCCUUUUCCUUAAGAAGUUUGCUAGGAAGGCAUCUAUAAAAGCUCCCCAGUUGACUAGAACAUGCUCGACCUCAGCACAAGCAGAAAGAAAGACGUUCCAAAAAACACGCAGCUACAUUGGUGCCGCACUAAUUGAUGCACAAGAAGAAAGGUCAAGCAGUAGUUCAUCAUCACUAGACAUAAAGCAACCCAGUACCCCUAGUUCUGAUUUCAGUUACAGCAACAGAUUCUCAGAUUCUCCUGAAACAAAUGUAGAUGAAAAGUUUACUGAUGAAGGCACACUUUGUUGGAACCUCCUAAUCUCUCGGUUGUUUUUUGAUGCUAAAAUGAGUGAUGAUAUAAGUAAAUCCAUUAAAGCACGCCUUCAGCGAAAAUUGUCAAACAUGAGAACUGCCUCCUAUAUUGGUGAAAUUACACUUACUGAUUUCAGUCUUGGAGAACUUCCACCAUAUUUGCGUACGAUGAGAGUCGUCCCAAGGGAUCUAAAUGAACUGUGGGCUUUCGAAUUUGAUUUUGAAUAUUGUAGUAAAAUAAUACUGAAUGCUGAAGCAAGACUUGAGGUUCAGGAACCAGGGCUGCAAAAAGACAUAAUGAGAACUACUGUCGAAGCAGAUUCUAAUGGCAACCAAUUUGGACCUUCGCAACUUUUGGCUUCUGUAAUGGAAGAUGAAGAUGAGGCAGGUUUGUUUGAAGUUUUCAUACAUUUUCUUUCCAUUGCUUAUUAUUUCUCAGAAUGACCAUUU